GCGUCCAGGGAGGGUCUCCAUUCGGGUCUGCAGUCCGGUGUCCUGUCAGCUGAGUCUGUCUGUCUGUCUGUCUGUCUGUCUGUCUGUCUGUGGUCAGAGGGACAGCGGGAGGAUGCUCUCCUCCCACCGGGAUUCGGGACUCUCCUCACUCGUCAUCCGGCCGGGAUGCUGCGGUCUGAGCCCGGGGCUUCUCCCCUCCUCUGCCCGCUGAAGUUGGAUCAUCUGCGGGGAUUAAACCUCGGUUUCUGUCGCUCCCUCUCUGGAUCUGUCCGAGCGUCUCCCAGGAGGAAAUAAUCCGCCCUGUUUUUUAAUUUUUUAUUCUGUGAUCAUUUUACAUCACGUCCCUGUGACUCUGGUGGAUUUUUUUUACUCACGCACAGAUUUGUGAAUGGGUCCGUGAGCCGCCGUGCGUUGAGGGAUGAUGUGAGCGCACAGGAGAAAAAAGAGAAAGCUCCCGUACUGUAGUAACCAUGGCUGGUCCCGAGGUCGAGGAUUAGUGUCAGGAGGGAUUAUUUUCCUCCAGGAGCAGAAUCCUCCAUCAGUUCGCUGUGUCUCUGCCUCUUUGGUUCCUGGACACGAGGAGAAGUUCUCCACACGCGUUUCAGUCUUUUCUUUAUUUCUGUCUCUGCAUAAUUUUUAUUUCAUUUUCUGAAAACUGAGGAUAGAAAUAUUGUCUGGUUUUGUAGGUGGCGUGAAGCAGAGAGUGUUCCAGGCUGAUGGAAGUUGGUCUCAUGUUAUGAAUAAUUAAUAUUUUAUAGGAUUGAAGCUGUAACUUCACCAUAGAGGACAAUAAAAAUACUCUUAGUCCCUUGAGGAACAUUAAAUUAGACUCAAACCGCAGUAGAGUCAUAAAGCGUUGUGUCAGCAGAAACAACUGUUAAAUUAUUAUUAUUCAUCUGCAGCUCUGAGGUGAACAGUGACAGAGGAUUAUGGAAAUAUGGAAAUAUUACAGAGACACGAUAAGUGUGCAAGAAGUUUAUUCGUUGUAAAGCUUCAGACGAUGCUUCCGAUUAAAUGAGGAAACAUAAGGUCCUCAGGUUACAGCAGAAUUAUACAUAUAUAUAAAUAUAUUGAGAUCAUUAUAAACUCUUUCCAUCUUGUUGGUUUGAGUUUGUCCUCUGGGGAAAAAGCAUCGACACAAAGGAAAAGAAGAAUGAAGAGAGGAGGAUCAUCUACAUUUUCACUCAUUAACCUUUAACAGACAUGACAUUAAAUACAUGAUUUAAACAAACGUUUUAAACAUGGAAAUAACCAGAAUAAUCUGAAGAGAAGCUCCAACACUCAUCAGGUUAUCUGCACAAGUGAAAGAUCAGUGACCUGAUCAGAACCCUGUUCUUCUGGAGGAUCUUGGACUCAAAGGAAGCAUCAGGAUCGAUCUGGAGAACACGGUGUGGACCCUCAGAUGAGUGACCAUGUCGGACCGGAGCGCCCCGGGCUGCCGGCUCAGGCUGGACUGGGUCUAUGGGUACCGGGGCCACCAGUGCCGCAAUAACCUGUACUACACGGCCGGGAAGGAGGUGGUGUACUUCGUGGCCGGGGUCGGCGUGGUUUACAACACCAGAGAGCACAGCCAGAGGUUUUACCUGGGACACAACGAUGACAUCAUCAGCCUGGCGUUGCACCCUGAGCGCUCCCUGGUGGCCACAGGUCAGGUGGGGAAGGAUCCCUAUGUGUGUGUGUGGGACUCCUUCACCGCCCAGACUGUGUCCCUGCUCCGUGACGGACACACGCACGGCAUCGCCUGCCUCGCGUUCAGUGCUGACGGACAGCGGUUAGCCUCGAUCGGCCUGGAUGCCAAGAACACAGUGUGUAUCUGGGAGUGGAAGCGAGGAAAGAUCCUGGCUACAGCCACCGGACACUCGGACAGGAUCUUCGACGUCUGCUGGGAUCCGUUUCAACAUCACCGUCUUGUGAGCUGCGGAGUCAAACACAUCAAGUUCUGGUCUCUGUGUGGAAACUCUCUCACCGCGAAGCGAGGGAUUUUCGGGAAGACAGGCGACCUGCAGACCAUCCUGUGUGUGGCGUCUGCUAAAGACGACCUCACGUACUCCGGGGCGCUCAACGGGGACAUUUACGUCUGGAAGGGACUCAGCCUGAUAAGAACCGUUCAGGCGGCUCACGGGGCCGGAAUCUUCAGCAUGUAUUUCUGUGAGGAGGGUUUCGCCACAGGAGGCAGAGACGGCUGCAUCCGACUGUGGGAUGUCGACUUUAAACCAAUCACCAAGAUCGACCUGCGAGAGGCGGAGCAAGGCUACAAAGAUCUGUCUAUUCGCAGCGUCUGCUGGCGAGCCGACCGGAUCCUGGCAGGAACGCAGGACAGCGAGAUCUUUGAGGUGAUGGUGAGGGACCGGGACAAGCCGCUGCUGAUCAUGCAGGGACACAGCGAGGGCGAGCUCUGGGCGCUGGACGUUCACCCCAAGAAACCUCUGGCUGUGACCGGCAGUGACGACCGCUCCGUCAGGUUGUGGAGUUUGGUGGAUCAUACACUUAUCGCUCGCUGUAACAUGGAGGAGGCGGUGAGGAGUGUGGCCUUCAGCGUGGACGGAUCCCAGCUGGCUCUGGGAAUGAAGGACGGAUCCUUCACUGUGCUGAGAGUCAGAGACAUGACGGAGGUGGUUCACAUCAAAGACAGGAAGGAGGUGAUACACGAGAUGAAGUUCUCUCCAGACGGAGCGUACAUCGCUGUCGGCUCCAACGACGGACUGGUGGACAUCUAUGCUGUCGCUCAGAGAUACAAGAAGGUGGGAGAAUGCUGUAAAUCCUCCAGUUUCAUAACUCACCUGGACUGGUCUCUGGACAGUAAGAUCCUGCAGAGCAACGACGGAGCUGGAGAGCGACUCUUCUACCGGAUGCCGAUGGGGAAGCACAUUGUCAGUAAGGAGGAGGUCAAAGGUCAGCGCUGGGCGUCGUGGAGUGGCGUCCUGGGCUCAGAGGUCUGUGGCAUCUGGCCUAAAUACUCAGAUCUAACCCAGAUCAACGCCGUGGACGCCAAUCACUCUGCUGCCGUGCUGGUGGCCGGAGACGACCUCGGCCUCGUGAAGCUCUUCCGCUUCCCCUCUCUGAAGAAAGGAGCAAAAUUCAAGAAGUACAUCGGCCACUCUGCCCAUGUGACCAACGUUCGCUGGUCACAUGACCUGCAGUGGGUGCUGACCACGGGUGGGGCCGACCACGCCCUCUUCCAGUGGAGGUUUCUGCCCGAGUCCGUGAUGAACGGAGGACAGGACGUCAACAUACAAGACUCUCAUGGAGACUCCAACAGCGAGGAGUCGGACAGCGACGUGUCGGACGUCCCGGAGCUCGACUCGGACAUCGAGCAGGAAUCUCAGAUCCACUAUGACCGACAGGUGUACAAGGAGGACCUGCCUCAGUUGCGGCAGCAGAGCAGAGAGAAGAAGCAGCAGGUCGGAUCUCUGAAGAGGCAGCAAGGACCGGACCAGGGCCUCCGGCUGCAGUUUGUUCACGGGUACCGUGGUUAUGACUGCAGGAACAACUUGUUCUACACUCAGGGUGGAGAGGUGCUGUACCAUGUGGCGGCGGUGGGCGUGGUCUACAACCGGCAGCUGCACAGCCAGCGCUUCUACCUCGGCCACGACGACGACAUCCUCAGCCUCAGCAUCCACCCGCUGAAGGACUACGCUGCUACAGGACAGGUGGGACGGGAUCCAGCCGUCCAUGUGUGGGACAUCCAGACCAUGAAGUGCCUCUCGUUACUGAAGGGAUUUCACCAGAGAGGAGUGUGUGCUCUGGACUUCUCAGCUGAUGGAAAGAGUCUGGUCUCGGUGGGAGUCGAUGACGGACACUCGAUCGUCGUCUGGGACUGGAAGAGAGGAGAGAAACUCGCCACAGCCAGGGGUCAUAAGGAGAAGAUAUUUGUGGUGAAGUGUAAUCCCCUGGUGAUGGACAAACUGGUCACCGUGGGAAUCAAGCACAUCAAGUUCUGGCAGCACGCAGGUGGCGGUCUGACCUCCAGGCGUGGAGUGUUCAGGAGCAUCAGUCGGUUGGAGACCAUGAUGUCGGUGUGCUACGGACGCACCGAGGCGCUGGUGUUCACCGGAGCCGCCACCGGAGACGUUUACAUCUGGAAGGAGCCGCUGCUGAUGAAAACUGUCAAAGCUCACGAUGGACCAGUGUUCGCCAUGUUCUCCCUGGACAAGGGCUUCGUGACCGGCGGGAAGGACGGCGUGGUGGAGCUGUGGGACGACAUGUUUGAUCGCUGCCUGAAGACCUACGCCAUCAAGAGAGCGUCUCUGUCUCCAGGCUCCAAAGGCCUGCUGCUGGAGGACAACCCGUCCAUCAGAGCCAUCACUCUGGGUCAUGGUCACAUCCUGGUAGGAACCAAAAACGGAGAAGUACUAGAGAUUGACAAGACUGGACCCAUGACUCUGCUGGUGCAGGGUCACAUGGAGGGUGAAGUCUGGGGUCUGGCCCCCCACCCUCUCCUCCAGAUCUGUGCCACCGUCAGUGACGAUAAAACCCUGCGACUGUGGGAGACGUCGGCCAAUCACCGCAUGGUCGCCGUCCGCAAGCUGAAGAGAGGUGGCCGAUGCUGCGUCUUCUCCCCCGAUGGCAAGGCGUUGGCGGUCGGUCUGAGUGAUGGCGGCGUCCUGGUGGUGAACGCUGACACGCUGGAGGAUCUGUUGAGCUUCCACCAUCGGCGUGAUGCCAUCUCUGACAUCCGCUUCACCCCAGACUCUGGAAAGUUCCUGGCGGUGGCGUCGCACGACAGCUUCGUGGACAUCUACAACGUGCAGAGCAGUAAGAGAGUGGGGGUCUGUAAAGGAGCGUCCAGCUACAUCACACACCUCGACUGGGACGCUCGAGGUAAACUGCUGCAGGUCAACACAGGAGCUAAAGAGCAGCUUUUCUUCGAAGCCCCAAGAGGAAGAAGACAAACGAUCAAGAACGCUGAGCUGGAGCGGAUGGACUGGUCCAGCUGGACGUGCGUUCUGGGUUCAAGCUGUGAGGGAAUCUGGCCGACGCACAGCGACAUCACCGACGUCAACGCCGCGUCGCUCACCAGAGACCGAACCCUGCUCGCCACCGGAGACGACUUCGGCUUCCUCAAGCUGUUCAGCUACCCCGUCAGAGGUCAGUACGCUCGUUUUAAGCGCUACGUAGGCCACAGCGCUCAGGUGACCAACGUCCGCUGGGCUCAGGAUGACUCCACCCUACUGACCGUGGGCGGGGCUGACACCGCCCUGAUGAUCUGGGCGAGGGAACGAGGAGGCGGGGUCACUGGGGACGGGGAGGGGCCUCUGUUACGCGACAACCGACCCCUCGUGGACAGCGAGGAGUCGGACGACGACACCGAGGAGGAUGGAGGCUACGACAGCGACGUCGCCCGAGAGAAGACGGUGGAUUACAGCACCAAGAUUUACGCCGCCAGCCUCCGAGAGAUGAGAGGAACCAAACCUCAUCAACAGCUGAAGGAGCUGUCUGCUGAGGAGAGGCCGCCGGUGAGUCGAGCGGCGCCGCAGCCAGAGAAACUCCAGAAGAACAACGUGUCCAAGAAGAAGAGACUAGUGGAGGACCUGGUCUUGGAUCACGUGUUUGGUUUUCGAGGCUUCGAUUGUCGUAACAACCUUCACUACCUCAACGACGGCUCGGAGAUCGUCUAUCACACCGCCGCCACGGCCAUCGUCCACAGCCUCACCACCGGAACUCAGAGUUUCUACCUGGAACACACUGACGACAUCCUCUGUCUGACCGUCAACCAGCACCCGAAAUACAAAAACGUCAUCGCCACCGGACAGAUCGGGUGUCUGGAAGCUGCUCUGGUCCUCUAUCUGCUCUGUUUGUCCUGA